CGCAGGACAUGCCAAAGCGUAGCAAAUGCAUUUGACAAUUCAAGCGAUAUGUAAUAAUGAUAUUUCACAAAUUGCACUUCCUCAUCCGCUGAAACUAGCCCAGGCAGAGCUGAUAGUGCUGCGUUGUGGCGCUGAGCUGCCUGUUUAGCGGCUGAACUCUGUAUGCUACAGUGUAGCAGCAGCACCCAGCACCGUCUCCGACCCGACCUGACGGGCACUCGUAGACUGGCUGUGGCUGCCUGCUUCCCCGCCAAUCCCGAUUACACAAUGGCCACUGAUAUGAAGCUUCCGCUACUUCUCCAACUUCACUCCAUCAUUUUUGUUUCUGCAACACCAUCGAUACUCUGUAUCUUCACUUUCUCUUCACUCCAUCCAGCUCCGCCGAUUGCUUUUGUUGCGUCGUCUUCGCUCUUUUGAUCGUCCGUCUUUCUAAUCUACACCCCUCCUUCAUGAUCGCGAGAUAGCGAUAAGCUCAUGGCCCACGGCUAUCAUGAGUGCUCACGACCUUGAUAGUGCCCACGAUGGCGUCACCGUCCAACAUCCCCCAGCAUCAAAAGAGACAGAGCCUUCUACAGAGUCCCCUCUACAAUCGAUAGAGACUCCUCUCAAAUUCCAGAUACCUGAAGAUUGCCGCACCUUCUCGCCUUUUCCUCGCCUGCCGCCAGAGAUACGUGCCCAGAUAUGGCAAGCUACCCUGGAGACUCCUGGCAUGCACUUUCUCAAAAUCGACACCGACUGGCACCCGUCAACAGGGCUUGGAAAGUGGUGGCUCAAAGAGCCGAUGUUCCUCCACGCAACUGCUGAAGAUCACGAUGAGGAUGUUGAUUCCAUGGCGCUCGAGGUCAGAAGAGAAGCUCGCCCUACUGCCAAGGUGUAUGGUACACUGAAACCUCUCUACCCCACUCCACAAGCCGAUAUCUCUUAUUACACGAAUCUCCAUCAGCAGCUCACCAAACUUUCCGUUACAUGCAACGAAGCUGCUGCUGUAGCCAAGUCUCUUACAAAUCGGCCUUCGACUUUCCGCCUUAACACUGGCCGGAUCGUUAGUCUCAACGCCCUCUCCGAUGUCAUCUAUCUUGAAUACGUCCCACCUGAGGUCUACGAAGACAGCAUACGCUUCAACAAGGUUCUGAACUGCUCAGGGCUCGAUCAAAUUCGAAAGGUCGCGGUCAGAUACUGCCACAAAUGGUAUGAGCAACAAUCGCCCAGGCGAUGUCCAAACUGCGGCCUAAUCCACAGCACUCCUGAUAAAGUCAGGUACCCAAAGCACUUAUACAGAUUCUUGGCCCAAUAUCUCCCCAAUCUGGAGCAGUUCUUCUUUGUCGAUUACCUCAUUCUACGUAAAUCCGACCUCAAUGCUGCCACAGAUCGCCACGGGUUUCAGAGCAACUUGAAAGCGAAAGCUGGCACAUGCAGGUUCGAGGGCGGGAACAGAAGCUACUUCGAAGCCGAUACGCAAGAUUGGACCAUCAGCUCCCGAGUUCUUCAAGUCAAAUCCUGGCUACAAGAGAACUUUGUCAAAUACGCCAAGUCGAGCAGCCUGAGCGCCCACAAGAACCCAGAGCAGGUCGAGUUCGGCGUGCUCGCUUGCGAAUGGAAUGUCGAACCACCAUCAGAACCAAAGAAGGCACUAGCGACACCGAUUAAGAAAGGAAGAAAUAAGAGGGCCAAUAGCGAGGAGCACACUUUAUCAAGGACGAUUCGACGAGGAUCGACGCCAACGGUAUCACGUCCUGUCGCCGAUAGCCUACCACUCGACGUGGCUAUCAAUUUCCCGUUCGUUUUCGACGCAGGUGGCAGCAACCAGUUUGAAUUCACCUUUUCUAUGUCUCUAUAAUGACUUUGCAUGGAUUUUAUUUUGCUUUUGCGAGGAGUUGAGGCUAGGAAUGAGAUUUGGGCUACAAGAGCCAGCACUUUGAUGCUACAGGAGGACGACCACGAAGAAGCACACCAACACCAGAGUGCUCAACCAUAAAUUAUCGCUAGAGAGAUUAGAUUAACUUAGAGUAUAAAUUUCCCGAUGAACUGUCACCUUGAAUCCAAAUUCUACGGCUGCGACUUGCUCCUACGCUACGAAGUUGCAUCUGUGAUUCCUCGUUACCUGGAUUACCGGGCCAGCAGGAAAUGCUCAGUAAAUGCCCAUCAUGGUGAACUCGUCCA